AACACUGUUGCACAUAAGGCUCACGCCGCGUCUUUUUUAAAACAGGAACAUCUCAUCACCCAAUGGAGGUGAAAGGGAAGUUCAGUGCCUAAGUUAAAUAAUAAAGUACAUAAUUAACUUCUAACUAUAAUGUUUUCAUUGAAUGACUUUUAACCCUUUGAUUGAUACACAUCUACGUAGUACAGCAUGUUAGAGCUAGUACUAUAUAUAUAUAGUACUAGGGAAGGUUACUAGAAGUGUUAGUCUUUCCCGAGAUGACUUUGAAAACGCUUAGGCUGUACUUGAGUUCAAUAACGAAGGUAAUUGAUAACAAUUAGCAAUAAUACAGACCUGAGGUAAAACGAUAAGUUAAUCAUCUUAUCUUUCGUUAACGGAAACUUGGUGAUGGGUUUACAACACAGAAAUCUAUAGGUUGUUAUUGCCAACGCAACAAUGGUUACACAGCCCUUCGACUUUCAAACGCUCAGUCACCUCCGCACAAGGGUCACGGGUAGAAGUAGUUCCCGAGGCUUAGAUGAGAAGAGGCCUGAGUCUUUUAUACUCUAUGGGGUGAUGCUUCUUUUACAGUGAUAUUUCAACUAUGCUACUUCAUUGUGAUUGUCGCAUAUAUGAAUCUAUACGUAACCAUAUUUUUAUAUAUACUUCGGGAAAUCCACGGUGACUAUGAAAGACCUGCACGUACUGGAAGUGUUUGCCUUUGUACUUAGUUACUUCCUAUCUUUUGUCUUAAAGUAAUAUGUAACUCCUUAGCUUUCAAAUAGGACCUAGAAACAAUACGCUGUAUUUGAUUACGUUGUGCCAGAUGUACCCACCAGUCAGCAGAUCUACACCUAAGUAUGUUUGUGUCUAAUUUUGUCAAGCCCUUCAAUGAACUUGUUUAACAGACAAUGUCAUCCAAACAGCUACAAUUUGUAUAUCUUUGUUUUAUUAUUAUUACUAUCAUUAUUUCUGUAUUCUUGAUCACGUGUUACAGCCUACUCACAUCGCUCUUGCUACCUAAAAUACUAGUUGCUUAGAUCUCUCGAUGAAUCAUUCGUCUUCCUAUAUAUAUGCGCUUGAACCUUAAUAAUUCAUUCGACUCUUGAUUCACUUCUGUAUUUGCUUGCUCAUUCGCGUCAUCAUUUCUGCUCGGAUCCGCUUUGUGUGCUUGUGGCUCAGUGACUUGCUCUGUUCAAUGACAGAUUGUAGUCGAUGCUUCGUAUUGUCUCCUGAAAUUUAUACACCGUUGCGAUUUAUUCAAGAAUGCAUUCUUAAUAACAAUGGUUAUCAGGAGAAUUAAUAUAUGAAGCUUUAGGAAUUGUCGAAGAUAAUCCACUACAAUUCUUACUAUCUGGUGAUACGUAGGCUUAUCCAAAUUACCAUUGAUUGGUAACCAACGUCUAUGUAGAGUACUUAUAAAGAAUAGUGGGAACCUAUAUUCAUUCUUGCUGUGGUUGAUCAGUAAAAAUAUUCAGAAAGAGCAUUUGCCUGGGAGCCUGUGUGAGUGUUACUAGUGGUUUGGCAAAUGAGAUCACACUUAUUCCCGAUAUUAUAAAUAGUUCCUAGGUCCAAAGUCAACUAGUAUUCACCAAAAUUGAUAACUUCGUUUUAGAAUUUAAUUUAAUUUAUACAUUUUGUCCUCUGUUGGAUGAUUACGGAAGUUCAUGUAGUGGGACUUUAGCUUAGUAUCCCGAUUAUCAGCAAAUGUCGGCAUAUCUCGAUCCAAUAAUUCAAAUAUCACCACUUCUAGGGGAAUAUGGUUAGUACUAAACAUAUGUAAGUAUGCUUAGUUUCCUAAUACUAACUUAAAGUAAGUUUACAUUUUGUAUUAAGUACACUUUGAUUGCCAUUUCAAACCUGCACAAAUUUACAAAUGCUUUUUAACUCCAAACUGGGUCCAUGUAAGUUGACUUAGUGCAAUUGUCAGUAAAACAUCGAUUCGUAAUAGUCAGGAUAAGUUAAUAACCGAUAAAAAUACCCUAGUCCAAGAACCUAGUCAUCCUAACUGUUACUAUCAAACAACUAUUAUUUGAAAGAUGAAAAUUACUACAUGAAUAUCGUUCUGCUACAUAUUUAUGGCAUCCUCAAAGUCAUUCAAAAUGAGGUCAUUCAUACUAAUUCAUUACUUAAACUAAUACCAGAAAUUCAUUGGAAACUUCACACUAACUUCUCCAUUCACCUACUUUAGCAAUCCCUAAGUAGGUUCUCAGAGCUGGUGUUUUCUAAUAUAUUUGAUUUUUGGUUUUAAUUCAAACUUUUGUCCAAAGCAAAUUAGUAAGUUUUCCGCUCCUAUUUACACAGUAUUCGGUACUAGUAACGUAACUGCUGAGUAAUUCGUUUUUUACCUCUCUGAUUAGAAUGAGUAAUGGUCAUCCAAUUUGUACUUGUGGUUUUAGACAGUUGAAGCUAUUACGACUAUCCUGUAAACAACUGUAAAGAUGGGUAAACAAAAAACCAAAAAUGAUGAAGACAUGAGUCAUGAAGAUUAUCCUAAUAACUUCACAUUUGAAACAGAGAAAUCACCUAAAACACCGAAAAUAGGUGCACAUAAGCACCAUAAUGAAGUUAAACCUGUCAAUCACAAUGACCACAACACAUCUCCGUCAUCUAAUAAAAUUAAACAAAAAGGUGAAGCAGUUAUUGUAGAAGAGUCUAUAAAAGAUAAAAAGCUUAAACGAAAGAGCAGUUCUAAUGCUCGGAGUGAUAAUGCUAUACUUGAUAGAACUAGGUUCAGGUCUGAAACGAGAAAGGAUAGUGUAUCAGAAUUACCGUUAAAAAAGAGAAAGCAUAAUCCUACGUCUAGUGGUCAGAACCAAUGCGAUUUAAAUAAUGAAAUUACAUGCCAUGGGGUUGAUACUCUUAAGCUCAAAACAAAUAACGAAGCUUCUUUGGAGCAUAAAAUACAGAACCACUGUUCUGCGUUGGAUGUUCAUCCUAAAAGCACCUCUAAUGACCAGGAAGCAUUGGAGAGAUCUAAGGGAGUCGAACUCAAGAAAAGUGAGGCUCUAAAUAAAUCAAAAGAAAGAAAAAGAAGAAAGGACAUUUCCUCGUUAGGAAUUCAAAGUCAAAGUAUUUCUUCUAACCAAACGGUAUCUAACACAUCUAAUGAAAGCAAGUUACCAAACGGUAUAACAGUAUCGUAUAACUCAUCGAAACCCAAACGGUGCAAACAGAAUGCUCCACACAAGGUUGAAAAAGGAAAAUGGUAUCAUGAAUCUCAACUUUCUAAUGACGAAGAAUAUUUCACGAGUGAUGAAAGUUCUAUUGAAGUAGAUAACUCACCAAGCAGAAGCCUUCAACGUCAGCGUAGACGACUGUCUAAUGAACGUUUAUCAAGAACCAUAUUUGUUGGCAAUUUACCAUUAAAUAUUACCAAAAAAAGAAUGGAAGCUCUAUUUAAUAAUGUGCUGAGAAAUAACAAAAUUUCAUCUUCAGCUUGCUGUGUUGAAUCUGUCAGAUUUCGUGGUGUUAUUCCAGUUACUGGUGGUACUAGUAGAUUAGCACGAAAACGUGCAGCUAUCACGGGUGAAUCUUCAGGUGUUUCUAAAUUUCGUAUGGGUUAUGUUGUUCUAACAACAAAGAUCGGUAUACCAAUUGUACUUUCCUUAAAUGGAUGCUGUUUGAAUUCAGAUGGUUUUACUGUGAAUCCGGAAGAAUCAAUUAAUGUAAUUGGUGAUAAAACUGAAUCUACCAAUAAUAGUAGUAGUAAUAAUAAUACUAAUGACGUAUAUCAUAUUCGAGUUGACAAAGUAACUGAUAAUAAUGAUAAAACACAUUGUAAACCAGAUAAUUGUGUUUUUGUGGGCAAUCUACCAUUCGAUUGUAAUGAAGAAGAGAUUUACAGCACUUUGUCUACAUUAGGCUCAAUAAAAAGUGUUCGUCUAAUACGUGAUUCUCAAACUGGUGCUGUACGUGGAUUCGGUUAUGUAGCAUUCAACGACCCAUCGAUUAUACCAUUAGCUAUACGUUCAUCGAAUACACUGAGUAUACGUGGGAGACAAAUAAGAAUUCUAGAGUAUAAAGUGAAGAAAAUUAAAAAUAAAGAAGGCUAUCAACAGACUAAAUUUCAUCGUCAUCGUCACGAUAGAAAUAAUAAAAUAUUCAAUACUGAUCCGAAGAAAAAGGAUAAACGAGAAAAAAAAGCGAUGAAGAAGGAGAAAAUGAAAGAACCACAACCAACCAAGUUAACUCAUAGUAACACUGAUGAUGGCAGUAGUAAAAAGAUGUCAGAAAAUAAUCAAGUGCUUUUCAAGAAAAAAAUACAGAAAAAGAAGAAACAAUUGAAUAAUAUGAAGAUACACAAAAAAUAAACUGGUUAGAAACUGAGAAAUUAAUAAUGUAAAUGUGUAUAUGUAUAUUUUAAAUAUAAUUUAUAUUAUGUACAUAAUGUAAUGAUGAAUAUUGCAUUAAAUAAAUAACUGAUUGUAAUUAGACUUCGUAUUUCCUAGUAUAUUUGGAUUUCGAAUUCAGCAUUCAUUGUAUAUAUAUACGUGCAGUCGUAUUCAUGAAGAAUUUCAUUUUUAGACAAGAUUGAUAUUUAUUGCCCC